CCAAGAGAAGGCAAAAGGAAGAAGAUCGCUUGAUUCAUCCUCUUUUACAUGAAUAAAGCAACAAUCUUUAAAGGAUUCAUCAAACUUCGUCCUCAAUUUCAUACAAUUCUCAACUUCUCAUCUUCCUCCGCCACUAAUCAAUGGAUCCCCACUAUCACAUCCUCCUGCAUCACUUCCUUACAACUAUCCGCCCAAGAAAGGAACCUCACGAAAGGCAAAGAACUUCAUUCAUACAUUCUAAGAAACGGAUUCACCAACUCCCCUCUAUUCACCACCAGCUUAAUCAACAUGUAUUCCAAGUGUAAUCAAAUUCGCGAAUCCUUAUUUGUUUUCGAUACUUCCAUUCAUUGCCGAAAUGUGUUUGUUUAUAACGCAAUCAUAUCUGGGUUAGUCAGUAAUGGAUUACCCAGAAAUGCAAUUGAGAUCUAUAAUGGUAUGCAGCAGCUUGAUUGUAUUAUGCCAGAUAAGUUCACUUUUCCUUGUGUAAUCAAAGCUUUCUCUGAAGUUAAUCAGGUUAUAGAUGUUAUGAAGAUUCAUGGGUUAGUUUUUAAGUUUGGAUUGGAGUUUGAUGUUUACAUUGGAAGUGCUUUAUCCCAUUGUUAUUUGAAAAUUGGAUUGAUAAAUUCUGCAGACAAGGUGUUUGUAGAAAUGCCUACAAGAGAUGUUGUAUUAUGGAAUGCUAUGAUUAAUGGUUAUGCACAGAUUGGGCAACAUGACAGGGCUCUUCAAGUUUUUGGUUUGAUGGUUGAACAAGGGUUUGUUCCUAGCCGGUUUACGGUUACCGGAAUCCUUUCGGCUUUUGCAUCGAAUGGAGAUCUUAAAAGUGGAAUGGCAAUCCAUGGAUUUGUUAUCAAGAUGAAUUAUGAUUCCGGUGUAGCAGUUUCGAAUGCUUUAAUCGAUAUUUACGGGAAAUGUAAACGUUUAGAGGAUGCGAAAACCGUGUUUAAUGUUAUACACGAGAAAGAUGUUUUCUCAUGGAAUUCGAUAAUAUGUGUUCACGAACAAUGUGGUGAUCAUGACGAAACUUUGAGACAUUUUUAUGCGAUGUUACGAGCCGGAGUUAAGCCUGAUUUGGUUACGAUCACGACUGUCCUCCCGGCGUGUGCCCGUUUGGCGGCGAUUAACCGGGGUAAGGAAAUUCACGCGUAUACGAUAGUUAAUGGAUUGGAAAACGAUUUUUGCGAUAUGAACGCGAAGAAUGCGAUUAUUGAUAUGUAUGCCAAGUGCGGGAGCAUGCGGGAUGCGCGUCUCGUUUUCGACCAAACGAGUCGCAAGGAUUUGGCGUCGUGGAAUAUUAUGAUUAUGGGAUAUGGUAUCCAUGGUCUAGGGGAAGAAGCGAUAAGGAUGUUUCAUGCCAUGCGGGAGACGCGGUUGGAUCCCGACGAGAUCACUUUCGUCGGGAUUCUCUCAGCGUGUAGUCACGCCGGUUUGUUGAGUCAGGGUCGGGAAUUUUUUGCGAAUAUGCAAACGAAAUUCGGGAUUACUCCAACCGUGGAGCAUUACACUUGUAUGGUUGAUUUGCUCGGAAGAGCAGGGGAAUUGAAUGAGGCUUACGAGUUGAUAUCGAAAAUUCGAGUAGAAAUCAAUCCGAUCGUGUGGAGAGCCUUCUUAGCGGCGUGUCGUCUUCACGGAAAUACGGAUCUUGCCGAAAUUGCCACCAAACGAAUAUGUGAGCUCGACCCGUACCAUUGCGGUAGCUAUGUAUUAAUGUCUAAUAUUUACGGAGCAAUUGGUCGAUAUGACGAGGUUUCCCAUGUUAGACAUUCGAUGAGGGGUAAAAACGUGAGGAAAACUCUCGGGUGUAGUUGGAUCGAACUCGGUAAUGGGGUUCGUGUUUUUAGCACGGGAGAUCGAACGCACCCCGAAGAUUCUCUUAUUUACGCGUUGCUGAAUUCAUUAACCACCUGGAUCGCAGGUAGUUAUUUAGUUUUAGUAUGAUAACUAGAUUCAAAAGUGAAAUUAUUUUUCUAACAUUCAUUUUAAAAUUUAUGCAUGACAACAAGAAUGAAGAAAAAACAAAACAAUCUUUU